AAUCUAAGUUAUUAACACAGUGGCACAGAGGGGACGAGCCAACGAGAUCAUUCAACUCGUCACAGAUACAUAUAGAAUAGAACCGGCUGACCGGAGAUAUACAUACACACAUACAUACAGUGGCAGGCAGCAACCAGUAGCUUUUGGAUUACCCGGAUCGAAAAUGAUUCAUUUUGUGCUUCUCAUUAGCAGACAAGGGAAAGUGAGGUUGACAAAAUGGUAUUCUCCUUAUGCUCAGAAGGAAAGAACCAAGGUUGUUCGAGAGCUUAGCGGCAUGAUUCUCAGUCGCGGUCCUAAGCUUUGCAAUUUUGUGGAGUGGAGGGGAUUUAAAGUUGUUUACAAAAGAUAUGCUAGCCUUUACUUCUGCAUGUGUGUCAACCAGGAUGACAAUGAAUUAGAGAUCCUUGAAAUUAUACAUCAUUUUGUGGAGAUCCUAGAUCGUUAUUUUGGAAGCGUGUGUGAGCUGGACUUGAUAUUUAAUUUCCACAAGGCUUAUUAUAUACUGGAUGAGAUUCUUAUAGCUGGUGAGCUCCAAGAAUCCAGCAAGAAGGCAGUUGCUCGUCUAAUUGCUGCACAGGAUGCUUUAGUAGAGGCUGCCAAAGAACAAGCUAACUCUGUUAGCUAUAUGAUCUCUCAGGCUACCAAAUAAUUGAAGUAUGUUUGCGGAGUUCAAUUCUCUCUGUUAUGCAUUUUAGGCAUGGUCUUUGUAAUAUGCAGGCUGUUUCUACUUUAUACUAAAUGUAUCUUGUAUGAAUGUUCAAAUCAUUUCUCUUUUGUUAAUUGAGUGGCAACAUCUGAUAGUCAAUAUUCAAAUUAUAUUUUAGUUAUCGGAGGUGCAGGUAUCCUCUGGUAGCUAGACAUUUAUCUUGCAAA